UUUGCACCAGUAAACAGGAAUGUAUGGGGGAGGCCUUUUUAUACUUUGCUGAAGCUCUUUUUUUAGAUAAUUGGUCUCUGAUCAUGUUCCCAGGCAGGCCAUUUCGCGGCAAGUCGCAUGUCUGCGCCUCCUCAGUCACUUAUAAAAAACAUGGGUGCCAAGACACUGCCUCCUGUUGAUCUAAUUUUGGGUGCAGGCAUGUAUAAAAUUUCCCGGUAUUUGUUGUUGCUCAUAACUCGUUAUGGGCGCUUCAUGCACCAAAGAUCGACAAGCCGAUCGGCCAGGCACCACCGCCACCAACAGUGAAUGUCAUUAUUUUUUAAAAAUUGAUAUCUUGGAUUUGCGUUGAAAAUGAUUGCAAGCUCUAUUUUGUCAUCAUUUGCGGAUUCGUGGAAGAUUCUAAUAACCACUUAUUACAGAAAUAGCGCUCGACCGCCAUUCAAGCUUUUUUCUUUUUAUGAAAAUGGGAAGGGGGAAGCAGAAAAAAAAAAUUUAUAAAACACCUCGUCUUUUGUUUUUUUUCGACCAACUUAGAAUCUGUAAAUAGU